CGGAGUCUGUGUUAGUCGCUGUGAGAGCCAUACACCCCUCACCUUCUCACACACACACACCCACACAUAGGCCCGCAUCCACCUGCAGCACCGUCCCACAUCAUUCCCUGACCGGAUGAGUUACCCGGCGGACACGAUAGGAAGCCCCUUCAGGAGGAUGGACAGUAGAACGAGCAGCUACGGCUACGGCCGCCCCGCCGGCACCCCGUCCAGCGGAUUCCGCUCCCAGUCCUGGUCCAGGGCCAGCCCCGGCUCCACCAUGACCGCGUCCUACAAGAGGAGCGUCAACGUGCCGGUGUCCCGGGCGUACAGCUCCGCCGUGCUGGGCUCCGCAGACAGCGGUGAUUACAACGGAGACUACAAGCGGUCCAACGAGAAAGAGCAGCUGCAGGGGCUCAACGACCGGUUCGUCGUUUACAUCGACAAGGUGCACUACCUGGAGCAGCAGAACCAGCAGAUCGAGGCGGAGAUCCAGGCGCUGCGGCAGAAGCAGGUGUCCCGCACCCAGCUGGACAGCCUGUACGACCAGGAGCUGCAGGAGCUGCGCUCCGUGCUGGAGCAGGUGCACCGCGACAAGGCGCAGGUGCAGCUGGACACCGACCACAUCGAGGAGGACAUCCAGCGGCUCAGAGACCGCUUUGAGGAAGAGGCUCGCAUCCGCGAGGAGACCGAGGCCAUCGUCCGCUUGUUGAAGAAGGACACCAACGACUCGGAGUUGGUGAAGUCCGAGCUGGAGAAGAAAGUUCAGUCGCUGCAGGAUGAGAUCGCCUUCAUCCGCAACAACCACGAGGAGGAGGUGAGCGAGCUCAUCGCGCAGAUCCAGGCGUCUCAGCUGAGCGUGGAGAGGAAGGACCUGCAGAGGGCGGACAUCACCGAGGCUCUGCGGGAGAUCCGCAGCGAGCUGGAGGGCCACUCCAACCAGAACCUGCAGCAGGUGGAGACCUGGUUCAUGUGCCGCUACGCCAAGCUCACCGAGGCCGCGGAGCAGAACAAGGACGCCAUCAAGUCCGCCCGGGAUGAGAUAUCCGACUACCGUCGCCAGCUGCAGUCCAAGACGGUGGAGCUGGAGUCCGUCCGCGGGACCAAGGACUCGCUGGAGAGACAACUCAAUGACAUCGAGGACCGCCACAACAACGACCUGGCCAGUCUGCAGGAGACAGUUCACCAGCUGGAUAAUGAGCUCAAGAGCACCAAGUGGGAGAUGGCUCGUCAUCUUCGUGAGUAUCAGGACCUGCUGAAUGUCAAGAUGGCCUUGGAUAUUGAAAUUGCUGCAUACAGGAAACUCUUAGAGGGGGAGGAGACCCACUUCAGUACUUUCCCUUAUCGCCAGGCAGUCACUUCCACCAAAAUCUCCAAAAAGUCUGAGACCUCAAAGAUUAAAGUACACCACAAGUUUGUGGAGGAGAUCAUUGAGGAGACCAGGGUGGAGGACGAAAAGGUUGACAUGGAUGAGGCCCUGGCAGAGAUAGCACAAGAGCUGUCUGCAACUCUGGGAGAGGGAGAAGAGGAAGAGGGUGGAGAGGAAGAAGAAGCAGAGGGGGAAGGAGAAGAGGAAGGAGAAGAGGAGGAUGAAAUUGUAGCUGCUACCGAAGCUAAAGUUAGCACUAGUGCACCCUCUGAGGAAAAGGAAGAGGAUGAGGAAGAAGGUGGUGAUGAGGGAGAGGAUGGUGAGGGUGAAGGUGGUGAGGAUAUAGAGAAAGAAGAAGAAAAAGAAGAGGAAGAAGAAGAAGUAGAAGAAGGGGAGGGAGAAGAUGAAGGAGAAAAGGGGGGUGAUGCAGAGGAAGAAGAAGAAGAGGUGGAGGAAGUUGAGGAGACAGUAUUGUGCUCCAAAGCUCCAGAGUCCAAAGCCUCUCCUGAUGAAGAGAAGGUUGAGGAUAAGGAGGGCAGCGAAGGAGAGGACACAGGUGCCGGAGAGGAGGAUGAGGAUCAGGAUGAAGAUGCAGGCAGUGAGAAAGCAUGCACAAGUGGAGAUGAGAAAGAGGAAAAAGUAGAUGCAGACAUAGUUGAAAAGGAUGAUGAGAAGGUAAAAAGUGAGAUAGACGAUGACCAGACAGAAAUAACUCCUGCAAAAUCUGAAGCCCUAAAAACAGAAGUUGCAACGUCUGAGGCUACCAAGGAAGAGGCGUCCAAAAUAGAGUUGCCUCUAUCAAAGCCUGCUUCCCCCAAGUCUGAAUCACCAAAGCCUGCUUCCCCCAAGUCUGAAUCACCAAAGGCUGGUUCCCCCAAGUCUGAAUCACCAAAGCCUGCUUCCCCCAAGUCUGAAUCACCAAAGGCUGGUUCCCCCAAGUCUGAAUCACCAAAGGCUGGUUCCCCCAAGUCUGAAUCGCCAAAGGCUGGUUCCCCCAAGUCUGAAUCCCCAAAGGCUGGUUCCCCCAAGUCUGAAUCACCAAAGGCUGGUUCCCCCAAGUCUGAAUCACCAAAGGCUGGUUCCCCCAAGUCUGAAUCCCCAAAGGCUGGUUCCCCCAAGUCUGAAUCCCCAAAGGCUGGUUCCCCCAAGUCUGAAUCCCCAAAGGCUGGUUCCCCCACAUUUGAAUUCCCAAAGGCUGGUUCCCCCAAGUCUGAAUCCCCAAAGCCUGCUUCCCCCAAGUCUGAAUCCCCAAAAGCUGUUUCCCCCACAUCUGAAUCCCCAAAGGCUGGUUCACCCAAGUCUGAAUCCCCAAAGGCUGGUUCACCCAAGUCUGAAUCACCAAAGGCUGGUUCCCCCAAGUCUGAAUCCCCAAAGCCUGCUUCCCCCACAUCUGAAUCCCCAAAGGCUGGUUCACCCAAGUCUGAAUCACCAAAGGCUGGUUCACCCAAGUCUGAAUCACCAAAGGUUGGUUCCCCCAAGUCUGAAUCCCCAAAGCCUGCUUCCCCCACAUCUGAAUCCCCAAAGGCUGUUUCCCCCACAUCUGAAUCCCCAAAAGCUGGUUCUCCCAAGUCUGAAUCCCCAAAGGCUGGUUCUCCCAGGUCUGAAUCACCAAAAGCGGCUUCCCCCAAGUCUGAAUCACCAAAGGCUGGGUCCCCCAAGUCUGAAUCACCAAAGGCUGGUUCCCCCACAUCCGAGUCCCCAAAGGCUGGUUCCCCCAAGUCUGAAUCACCAAAGGCUGGUUCCCCCACAUCCGAGUCCCCAAAGGCUGGUUCCCCCAAGUCUGAGUCACCAAAAGCUGCUUCCCCCAAGUCUGAAUCUCCAAAGGCUGGUUCUCCCAAGUCUGAAUCACCAAAACCCGUGUCCCUGAAAGCUGAAUCUCCAAAGUCUGAGUCCCCAAAAUUAGUCUCACCUAAAGCUGAAUCCCCAAAACCUAGCUCCCCCAAAGACGAGACCCCAGGCACCAAAACCACUGAGCCUGAGGCUCCUAAAGAAGAAACAUCUGAGAAGAGUGACUCAACAGAUGAGAAAAAGGUAGAAAAGAAGGAUGUUGCCAUGAAUGGAGACAUAGACAAGAGCAGCCCAGAGGAGAAAGAGAAGAAAGAUGAGGGGGAGGAUGUUGAUGUGAUCGCUAACGGUGUAGAUGAGAGCCCUGUCAAGGAAGAUGGCAGCCAGAAAGUUGUGAUCACCAAGACUGUAGAGACAAUCACCACCGGAGAGGAUGGAUCCAAGCAUGUCACCAAAUCUAUCACUGUGACGGAAACAGUGAAGGAGUCGGAGGAGAUGCUGGAGGAGAAGAUGGUCUCCACCAAGAAGAUGGAAAAGCACUCCACUCAGUCCAUUAAGCAGGUGACAGAAGGUGACUGAGCAGACUCCAGACAGCUGGCAAACGAGGAAGAAGAUGAGAAUGGAUGGGGAAGCAAUGGGAGAGCUCAUGACAAGCAAUCAAUCCUGAAGUAACAUUAAUAAGAAAAUCAUAAAGCUAGAGCGAAGUAAUAAAGACAACCACUCUCAAAACAAACCACAGAGAGCAGGCAAAUACUUAAAACGCUAAAAACUUCAAACAUGCAUGUUGAGUGAAAGCUUUAAAUGGGCUUCGCUGCAGACGCGGCCAGAAGCAAAUGACUGAGACAUUUUAUCCUCUUUUCCUUUCCUUCUGCUGUUCAUGGGAAAGCUCAGGGGUGGGAGGGCGGAGGUUUCUGCAUGCUAGCUCAGAGAAGGAGGGUACUUUCCUCUCUUAUCUGUAUGUUAGGUAGGAAAACAGUAAAAAGAGUAAUUAUGUAAAAGGAACAAGAAACUUGGGUAGAGGAUUGAAAGAGAAACUCUUAAUGUUGAGAGGAUCUUGGGGUGGGACAGAUAAAUAAGGGUCAGGGAUCAUCAACACAGACAUGCAUUCUACUAAAGAAGCCUUACUUGACAUGUGAAUAUAACGUCUGAGCCAAAAAGGAAACUAACAAUAAAUACACAACAUAUGAUGAAGAAACACACGUGUAGCCACACGACCAUACACAUCCAGUAACUGAAGCAGUUACAGCUUAAUGACCCUGAACAAACUCCUAGCCUUAAACAUGCUUUUUAUCGGUGUCUGUUAUGUUUACCUGAGUGCAACUGAAAAACUAUAACUGUAGACGCAUAGAUACAUGCAUUCUUGUAAGCAUAGAAUGGACUUGAAUUUGAUUACAGAAAUAAAUGAGGUGCUAAUGUUUGCAGUCCCAUGACUUUACUCAUCAUGAACAAUUUCUCAGCAGCAUUUGCUCAAUAAACGAUGCUAAACAAC